CACUUUUUCAUCUUUUAAUCUGAACGGCCACUCAUGCAUGUUGCGCGACCUCAGUGCGCAAUCAACUAACAUGACAUGCAUAGUGUGUAUACUAGUACGUGGCGGCAGCAUGCGCGCAAGGAGACCCAGAAAAGCCUAUACCUAAAUCCAACAUGUACCGUACAUGCUUCCUCCAUGUACGUAAAUUCCUCCUGAGACCAUUUCACAAUUCUUCAAUCGAGCUAGAUAGAGCUCUACGAACCUUCAAGUUGGUCUCAGUCUGCCUGUGUUGGAGCUGGUGUAGCUGGAGCCUUGCAAAUAGGGACUUUUUGUCGACCUGCACAUGCAACGCCUGUUUCAGGUGGGGCAUAUUCUUAGAUUCCACCAGUGAACUUGAUCAAGUGCCCCGUGCACAGCGCAAUCAUUUGAAAGGCAGGAAGUGAGGGGCGGCGACAUCGCGUAUGAUGGACCAUAAGCGAGACUCUCGCUCACAGCGCUUCAAAAAUUUGCAGUAUAAGUCUCGGGGGCGGGGCCAACAUCAUGGGCAAGGCCACGAGGUGGCCACAGAUGGAGCGGAAGGGAGAACAGUGGGCAAAGACAUUGAAACAGACGAGGACCGUACGAAAAGAUCGGGCGCAAACGAUAGGCUUGGUUCAAAUUGGGACAGGUACAUGGAGCCUGGGGAAGCAGAUGGCGCAGGCACCUUGGAUGAUGGUGGGGUGAUGGAAGAAGUAGCAAAAAAGCAGUCAGAGGGGUUGGACUACAAUCUGCUGCUUGAAGAAGCUGAUGCCCUUCUCAGUGGUGGCAGCGUCUCACUGUUGGCUCACUUCGACCUGGACAUUGAGGAUCACUUUCAGACGCAUGACAUGGAAGAAAAGCCUUUGCCACUCAACAUCAAUCUGUCCAUUUUGAAUGAGGCCUUGUCGUACUUGUCGAUGGCUGAGCGCCUUGGGCUGGAAGACGAACUUCUCAGCUCACAAGAGGAAGAAGAGGGUGCCACAAUUGAGGCCUUGGAAACCGACAGAGCGGUCGAACUCCGAGAUGCAGGGGCGUAUUCCAAAGAGCAGCCGCCCUUUAGGGAGCCGGUUACUGCAACUUCGAGAACCAGCGGGGUUGAGGGAGUAACUGUAGACCCUACGGGCUCUGUUGCGGCAGCCCUGUCUGUCCCGAAAACGAGUCUCCAGGGAAAGGGCCAAAUACCCGCAGCAGGAACCUCUCGCUUAUCAGACGGGAAAGACAAAGCGCCAGAAUCCGCAUGUAGCAGGACUUCAAAGGGGGAGGAGGCGCGCGGCGCACGGCAAGCCGAGCUGUCUCCCUCAGGUCAAAAGGAAGAGGACGACGCAGAUCUUCUGAAUGUGCUUCUCGGCCGAGGCGGUCAGGCCGUAAAGGUAACGGAGGGGAACGGAUCAAUACAGGGCAGUGGGAGUGCAAGGCCAGCUGCUAAAGAGGAGGCUCUGCCAGAACGGCGAAACGGGGGCGCAGUUGGACAAAGUCGGGGGAAGUUGGGGACCCGUCCCUUAGUUUCAGGAGACAGUCUGCUUCGACCAUCAGGCGUUGGAAGGGGCGAGUCCGCUCAAGCCGAACCGCAUCAAGGGACGGAGACGAAUUCUCUGAGGGCUGAAGCGGGCAGGAUCGGUCUGUUGAAAGGACAAACUUCCAGUCCUGCUGCUAGGGAAGCAGACGAAGAAGCAGCUUCACACAGUCAGCGGGGAGAAAGGGCGUCUCCUGCAGAUGAUGACAUAGACGCUCUUCUAGCUGCUUUGACCCCGUCAGCGUCCAAGUCCCAAGCGCACGUGCUACCGGACAGGGCUGCUUCCAAUGGAGGCGCAACAAGCGUGACAAGAACGGGUGUGGCUAGUGCGGGCUCGAUGAGUGCGGCUACACCUUCAGAACGACUGCUUGAGAGUACUGCGAUAGGGAGUGCGUCCCAACUUACCCGAAGUGUGAAGGCAGAAUCGAGACCUGAGCAACGAAGUACGGCACCAGUCUCGGCUAGAUCAAAACCUACUGCCCCAGCAGAUGAGGAUUUUGAUGCCUGGCUGGAUUCAAUCUCCUGAACAUAAGACCAAGCAAUGGAGAUGUUCCGAAGUUCUGCCCGGUGGGACCACUCGCCAUGACGACCGUGACUUGUCCGUGUAUGAGAUCCAAUCGAUCCGUCUGAAUCGCGAG